AUGCUCGGCUCUGGCCUGGGGCCACAGAUAGACCAGGCUGAGUGUGUCCUGCGAAUGAACACGGCUCCCACUGUUGGGUAUGAAUCAGACGUGGGCAGCCGUAGCACACUUAGAGUUGUGUCCCAUACCAGCGUUCCACUCCUUCUUCGUAACCAGACCUACUUCUUCCAGCAAGCCCAUGAGACGGUGUAUGUCAUCUGGGGUCCUCCUAGGCAGAUGGACAUUGACCAAGGGAUCACCUAUCGGGCCUUAUUGCAGGCAAAAGGCAGAUAUCCCGGAGUAAAUAUCUACAUAUUGACACAAAAUAUGAUGAUGCACUGUGACCAGAUAUUUCAGAAUGAGACUGGCAAGAACAGAGCGAUGUCCGGUACCUUUCUGAGCACUGGCUGGUUCACAAUGAUUCUGGCCAUGGAGCUAUGCGAGGAGGUCUCUGUCUAUGGGAUGGUCAGCGAGAACUAUUGCAGGGAUCGCUCCCACCCUCCGGUGCCUUACCACUACUAUGAGAAGGGCAGGCUGGAUGAAUGUACCACGUACUUGAUGCACGAAAGGGCCACGCGAGGAGCGCACCGUUUCAUCACAGAGAAAGCCGUCUUCUCCCGCUGGGCCCUCAAGAAACACAUCCAUUUUAUGCACCACUCAUGGGCUACUUGA